AUGCUUCGAUUAUGUCGGACGUUACUACUUGACCGUCGAUACUUUUGGCUCGUCGCAGUUUCACUUCUUGCUAUAGACGCCCUCUUUACUCAGCUCAUUGUUCGUUUCGUUCCUUACACAGAAAUUGAUUGGGAGACAUACAUGAUUCACAUCGACCUUUACCUCAAAGGUGAACGCGACUAUACUAGUCUCACAGGCCCUACGGGUCCUCUUGUUUAUCCCGCAGGACACGUCUAUAUACACAAUUUCUUGCAUUACGUGACCAGCGGUGGACGAAACAUCAGACUUGCCCAGCAUAUCUAUGGUGUAUUGUAUCUCCUCUCUCAGGUGCUUGUCUUCGCCAUCUAUCGCCAUGCAGAGGCCCCGAACUGGUCCAUAAUACCUCUGAUAUUUAGCAGACGCUUGCACUCUAUUUAUACCCUGCGUCUCUUCAAUGAUUGCUGGUCUGUAGUUAUGGCUCAAGGUGCCAUACUUGCAUUUCAAAAUGCAUGGGACAUGGUCGGUAUGAUCAUGUUUAGUGCUGCUUUAUCUGUAAAGAUGUCUGUUCUUCUGUACCUACCUGGACUUCUCGUGGUUCUUCUCAAGCGCAAUGGCGUCCUCGGUCUACUGCGACAGCUCCUCGUCUUGGGAAGUUCACAAGUUCUCUUGGGCCUUCCCUUUCUUCAACACAACGCCAAAUCUUAUUUGUCUUGUGCCUUUGAUCUCUCUCGGGUUUUCAUGUACAAGUGGACUGUCAACUGGCGUAUGCUAGAUGAAGCUACCUUUCUGAGCCGGAGGUUAGCAUUCAGCCUUUUGCUUUGUCAGCUCUGCACUCUUGGUGCCUUUGCCCUGUUCCGUUGGUACCGCAGGGAUGGGGGUGCGAUCCCGUUGCUUAGGAGGGCCUUGCAGCGGCCUACCCAAUCCCCAGGGUUAGCUUCCACCACACCUGACUACGUCACAACCGUCCUCAUGACUUCAAAUCUGGUUGGGAUUAUUUUCGCUAGGUCGCUGCAUUAUCAGUUCUACUCCUGGUACGCGCAACAAGUGCCGCUGCUGACUCUUAGGACAAGGUUACCCGGACUUGCAAAAUUGGUCAUUAUCGGCGCAAUAGAAUAUGCAUGGAAUAUUUUUCCCUCUACGCCAUUUUCGUCAAGUAUAUUGCUCGCCGCCAACUCCGCCCUCCUGCUUGGUAUAUACACGGGUUAUCCGGAAGGCAAAAAGUAG